CCGUACCCGUUUGGAUCACUUUCAUGUGCUGAUAUAGGCAUCUUGUUUGGCCUGAAUUAUGCGGUCGGGCUAGAUUAAACUCAGGUCCAGCCUGAAUCCAUUCCAGAUUAGUGUUUUUACUUUUUACAGGACUCUCGUCUAUUUCCCGUCGAAUCCGGGUUUUUAGAAAUUGGUGGGGGAGGACAAUCUCAAUUUCUUCGAGAUUCUGGUCUGUUUUACAAUCACCCAGAUCCACUGAUUCAGUGAUACAGGCCGGUAUAGUGUAUACACUACACUCCGCUCCCCCAGCUUCGCGAAGCUCUCUCUGUAUUUCUAUCUUUUCCAGAUGGCCUCUGUCAUAGCGAGGUUUCCGUCCCCUCCAGUAGCGCCCAUCCACGGAAGACGGCAAUUUGUUGGACUUAAUCGGAUGUCUGCCGUUUCUACCUUUUCGGGAAGACCAACUCGUUUGAUAAUUUCUGCGAAGGCCACUGGUGAAAGCUUAGAAUCUUCUACCUCUUCAAUUGAUUUCAAAUCAAUACAAAAUGCUUGGGAUAAAUCAGAAGACCGUAUUGGUCUGAUUGGAUUGGGAUUAGCUGGUAUUGUUGGUCUUUGGGCAUCAGUAAAUCUUAUUGUGGCCGUCGACAAACUUCCUUUGAUCCCAAGUGUGCUUGAAUUUGUUGGAAUAUUGUUUUCCUCUUGGUUUGUCUAUCGCUAUCUCUUGUUCAAACCAGACAGAGAAGAGUUAUUCCUAUCAGUGAAUAAAUCAAUAUCAGAUAUCUUGGGUCAGUAACAUUAAGAAUCGUGAAGGCGCAACUUAUGCGAGGGGAAAUGUUGGUUUUACAUGCGUAUGAUUUGUGAUGUGCUAUGCAUAUACAGUUAUGAAUAUUUAGUAUAUAUUGUGAGUUGGUGUUUGCUUGUACUUUGUAUUGGUAUCCUACAUUCUCGCUCUGUGAACAAGAUAAAUGCUCAUUUCAUAAAAUUUGUGCAACCAACUGGUUGGUUUUGUGCACGAGCCUUGGCCUGAUGGUGAUGAUGAUCUUAAAGCUAUGCAAAUGGACUGAAUCCCAACUAGAAAACUGCUGCUUUAGUAAAUAUUGUUUUAUGCU